AUGGCCGACGUUGAAGACGCGCCCGCGCCGGGCUCGCCCGCGCCGGCGCCCAACCCGGACGCGCAGACGACGGUCAACGACUUCCUGGACUACACCGAGUUCUUCCCGUCGGACCUGGUGCGCAGCCUGACGCUGAUCGGCGACCUGGACGCGACGUGCGCCGACGCCGUGCAGCAGGUGCACGAGCUGGCCGCGCUGUACUGCCGCCUGCCGCAGCUGCCGGAGCGCGCGCGCCCCGACGCCGCCGCCCUGCGCAAGCAGAUGGCCGCGCAGCUGCAGACGGCGCUCAACCAGCGCGAGUACGCCUACGCCGAGGCCGCGCGCCUGUACGAGGUGACGCUGCGCCACUGCCAGCGCUCGCAGAUCAUCCGCCGCAAGCUGCAGGCCCAGCCCGAGCCGCCGUCGCGCGACCCCACGCCGCCGCCCGUGUCGCCGCAGGCCCUCAAGCGCGCCUACGACCGCCCGCGCCUGCUCGCCUUCGACCGCCCGCACGCCCGCUCGCAGGUGCCGCUGCCGCGCGGCCGCCGCGCCCACAGCCUGUCCGACUCGUCCGACUCGGACGCCCGCCGCGACGAGCGCCCGCGCAAGCUGCCGCCGUACAAGGACCGCCUGCACAAGCCGCGCACCCGCGCGCCGGGCGUCGCCGGCACCAACGUGCACAGCAGCAUCGCCGGCAUCUCGACGAGCAACGCCCUCGCCAAGCUGACCCCGCCGCCCGCCGACGCGCGCCCGGGCAGCAAGUGGGCCCCGUGGAUGAAGCUGACCGAGUACGAGAUGGCCGUGCUGCGCAAGCAGAUGAAGAAGAACGCCGUGUGGACCCCCAGCCUGACCAUGGUCAACCGCGAGCUGGAGCGCAAGCACCGCACCAAGGGCGACUACCAGCGCGAGCGCGCCCGCUGCGAGGCCGCCGGCGAGCCGCUGCUGGACCAGGAGCCCGAGACCCUGCUGCAGAUCGCCACCGCCCAGGGCCUCGACGACCCGGCCCUGACCGCCACCGCCAACGCCGCCGACGGCCUCACCGCCCCCGCCGACCCCGCCCCGCCGCGCGACGAGAGCCUCGAGCCCGCCGACAGCCCCCGCGACCUCGACACACGCCGCCAAAAGGCCCGCGGCGGCCUGCGUGCCCUCGAAGACGCCACCAAGACCAUCCAGAACGCCGCCGACGGCCUCAAGGAGCUGACCUUCUCCGCGCCCUCCAUCACCACCCCGCCCGCCUCGGCCCAGCGAAAGAGGUCGCUGCUGCGGCCCGCCACCGGCAAACGCAAGCGCGACACGCCCCCGCCCGCCGACGGCUCAGCAGAACCCGGCCGGGGUGCAGAAGCCGCCGAGGACGCCGCCGACAACGACACGCUCCCGCAACUCCCCGAGCCCAAGCGCCCACGUCUGCAGCUCAUCGCUCCCGCUCCGCCGCCUGACCGCACUCCGUCCACGCCCGCGCCCGCCUCGGCAGAGACUCCAGUGUCCAAGGACCCGCCCACGCCUGUGGACCCACCCUCGCCUGCAGACCCGCCUACUCCCGCAGACCCGCCUACACCGGUGGACCCGCCUACACCGAUGGAUUCUUCCCCCCUGCCCCAGCCUUCUCCCAUCCUCCGGGCCUCCACACCGCCGCCAGAGACGAUCAAAAGCUCUGUGCAGGUACCGCUUGCUCCUGCUGGCCCCAGCACGCCCAAAGUCCCCAAGCCCGAGUCUACGCAGUCCAGUCGACAAGCCACGCCUGUCCAGCCAUUUCCCGCCGAGCCUCGGAGGUCGUCUCCGAUAGUCGCCAUACCAGCAUCUGACCCGGCACCUGCACAACUCGCCCCCACAGCGCCUUCCACACGGUCGCAGCGCAAGUCCAUCACCCCCAAGCACUCCAGCCCACCGCCUGCCGAGCCAUCCAGGCCCACGCGGUCCAAGAUUCCAGCGCUCCACCGAGCUUCUUCGCCCGAACCGGCGAUUGCCUUGCGGCCCCGCUCUUCUCGCAGCCACGUUCCAACGCCGAAGGCUCAGAGCGAAGAGCCCAAGCCCAAUGAAGGCCGGCCCGUUCGCGAUGUCCGCCGGCACAGCAUCUUCAGUCAGUCUGCGCUGACUGCCCCCGGCCCAACACGAGUGAGCUCGCGUAGAAAGCCGCCACCAAAGGGCGAGGUGACCUCUGCCGAGAACGGACAGAAAACGGUGACGCACGUCAAACGAUCUCAGGGGAACAAGAACAUCAAAAGGAAGAAGCACGAAGGCCAGCCUGAACAGGCCGAAGAAGUCGACUCGGACGAGGAGCGAUACUGCAUCUGCGACGACGUCAGCUACGGCCAGAUGAUCUCCUGCGAUAACAAUUGCGAUAAAGAGUGGUUCCAUUUUGAAUGUGUCGGCAUGACCCAGAUGCCCGCCCGCCGUGCCAAGUGGUACUGCCCGGACUGCCGCGAGAAGCUAGGCACCGACGCCUUUGGCAAUCCCAAAGUGCCGCCUGCGCUGCCGGGUCGCCGUGGUAACAGGUAG